AUGUCUGUGUGCAUUCCGAAAGGAUAUCUUCCAGCAAAUCAAACACCUCCUAAAAAAAGAGUAUGUCGAAGAGCGCUUGCUGGAGAGGUGUUUUUGUGCUGGCCGAAUGUAAACCGUGUUUUGCGGUCCCGACACCGCCCGGUGCAUAUUGUGGCGGGGAAACGACUCACUGUGCAAAGCAUUGAUGUGCUCUUCGCUUGGCUAUGGGGAUGGGGAGACGACCAGUUCCAGAGGAAGCACUGGAACGAGAAGCCAUAUCGUUUGCUUUAUCAACGUAGUUCUGAGACGAUUCGACUCCUGCGAGGAAACGGACAUGCUCGAGAAUGGAGGCGCAAGCUGAAGAAUUCGUUUAUCCAAAGCCAUUGGAUCUUGCCAUAUCCGCAAGGAGACCGGUUUACGAAACGGCAAGGGGGGACGCAACAAGUCUGCUGGUGGUCUAGCUACCACGCUGACCCGACACAGUAUAUGCCCUACGAGGUCGAGGCGGAGCAUAAUCUGUUUGAUUUAUCAGAAAGUGAGGUCUAUGAGGGGGUCUUGCAACUGGCUGCUGAGAGGCAACUUUUGCAAUAUCACACAGACGAGGCUGGGCAUAGUGAGGUCGAGGUUGAGCUGUUCUUCAUGGAGCCUGAGGCGGUCGUUCCACGGGAGAAGGCAUCUCCUAAGGGGGCCAGCAAGGUAAACCAAAUGCGGCAAGAACUCAAGCAUGAGAAAGAAACAUAUCGAGAGCUCCGGUGUAGUCGCAAAAGACGAACAGUGCAGACUGACAGCCAGGAUGAGGAAGAGACUGGCGACGAUACUUCUGACGACGAGCGUGUUGAUCGGCGUGCUAAGAGGCAAAGACAUGUCGUUCGACAGAAGGAGGCGGAGUUACAGCGGGUUCUUGCCGUCGCAGCCAUCGAGCAAAGGAUUCAGCGAGAACGAAAAAAGAAGCAAAAGGAGGCUCAGCGCCAACAGCUGCAAGAGAUUCGAGCUGAGAAAGAACGAAGAAAGAAGCAAAAGGCUGCUCUGCGGCAACAGAUGCGAGCUGAGAGAAAACAACGUUGGCAACUAAUAGAGGAGGAAGAGACACACUCAGACUCGUUUGACAGUGGCGUAGAUAUGGAUGAGGAUGAGGCAUUCUCUAUAUAAUAUUAGCAAAGU